CAAAAAGCCAAUAAAACUAUGUCAUUUCAGCGUGAACUGCGCGGUAUCACUCGUUGUUAUGGGAACUCACUGAGUGUGUUGAUGAUGACAGGUGAAGCUCGAAGCUGCUGAUCUGUGAUGGAGGGUGGUUCGCUCGCGCGUUCACGAGGGAGGGAGGGGGGAGAGAGCGAAAAAGAAAAGGGGGCUCGUUCUCCCGGUCAUAACGACACAUCUCUGGCGACAUGAGCCACGCGUGACCGACGCUCCGUCCUCUUCAAAACCAAAGGCGAACUCUCGCUUUGCUAUGCGGGACCGAGAGCCAUGAAAAUGCUUCGAUUCCGGAGCCCGAGCCUCUCCUCCCUCGCGCUGGAGCUCCAGUGCACCGUCCGGCUGCUCGACGACUCCGAGAUCUCCUGCAGCAUCCAGAGAGACACUAAAGGGCAGUUUCUGGUGGAUCAUGUGUGCAAUCACUACAGCCUGCUGGAGAAAGAUUACUUCGGCAUCAGAUAUGUGGAUCCAGACAAACAGAGGCAUUGGUUGGACCCGAGCAAACCAGUAGUGAAACAGAUGAAAUGUCAGCAGCCGUACACCAUGUGCUUCAGGGUGAAGUUCUACCCUCAGGAGCCCAUCAAGAUCAAGGAAGAGCUGACAAGGUAUCUUCUGUAUCUCCAGUUGAAGAGAGACGUGUAUCACGGCAGGCUGUUGUGUCCAUUCGCUGAUGCUGCAUAUCUCGGAGCCUGCAUCGUCCAGGCUGAGCUUGGAGAUUAUGACCCCGAAGAGCAUCCUGCAGACUACAUCAGCGACUUCAAGCUCUUCCCUAAACAAUCCCUCAAGCUGGAGCGCAAGAUCAUGGAGAUCCACCAGAACGAGCUGAGAGGUCAGUGUCCUUCCCUCGCAGAGUUAAACCUUCUCCAGAGGGCUCACACACUGGACACGUAUGGAGUGGAUCCACACCCCUGCAAGGAUUUUACAGGAUCCACAGCCUUCUUGGGAUUCACUGCAAGAGGGUUUGUGGUUUUCCAAGGAAAUAAGAGGAUCCACCUUUUAAAAUGGGCAGAUGUCAGCAAAUUCAAGUUUGAAGGAAAAACCUUCUAUGUGAUUGGAGUACAGAGAGAGAAGAAACUGGUUCUGACCUUCCACACCUCCACACCAGCAGCCUGUAAACACCUGUGGAAAUGUGGCGUGGAAAACCAGGCCUUUUACAAAUGUGCAAAGUCAAGUCAGAUCAAGACUGUGUCCAGCAGCAGUAUAUUUUUCAAGGGCAGCCGAUUCCGCUACAGUGGUCGUGUGGCUAAAGAAGUGAUUGAAGCCAGUUCAAAGAUUCAGAGGGAUCCUCCUGUUGUGCACAGGUGUCAGUUUGGACAAAGCAGAAGCUUUACGUCACUCAGUCAUAAACAGCUCAUAAUGAACAUGGAGCCGCUUUUACCAGCUUUAAGCUCCAGCAGGGAAAGCAGAGACUCCUCAGCAGAUAACGGACUUUCAGCUCUGAAAGACUGCGUUCACCUGUCCCCACUCAAGCCGUCGGUCACUCCUGAAGAAGCCGAGAUGGAGGAGAUGCUAAACUUCAGCCAGGAGAGACGAGAAGAUGAAGCCUCUCAGCGGACCCGAGUGGACGAGGACAGGAGAGAGAUCCACGUGGACAGUGAAGAUGACACCAGCGGUGGCGCUCAUACCAUCUCCGACACCGCCUACAGCCCGUGUGCCAGCCUGGUGCCCACGCCGGUGGAGGAGGCUCAGGGCGGCCUGGAGCUGCUGUUUCAGAGCCCCGCACGUCUGCUGAAGGAGCUGCAUGCCGACCCGGACAUGCAGAGGGAGCUUCAGGCGGAGCGGCAGAGGGAGGCAGAAAGAGAGGCCUUUCGGCAGUCGCUUUGCUCUCCGUCAUCGGGACGCCAGCAGAUGCAGGCAUGCCUCCGCAGCGCUGCCCGUCUAGUGCUGAUGGCCACGGGUCUCCUCAUGAUCCUGCUGCCGCUACUCCUCGUCCUGCUGGAGUCAGAUCUGGACAUCUCCUUCCUGCACGACAUCCGGCAGACGCCCGAGUUUGAGCAGUUUCACUACGAGUACUACUGCCCGCUCCGCCGCUGGUUCCUCUGCAAGCUCCAGAUCAUGACGGAGCAUCUUUCAGGGAAUGAAUAGGGAUGGGAAUGAAACCAGAAGGACAGGCUUUGAGCUCAUCCGCAUGAACUAAUCCAGUUAAACGAAUACCAGAUGUGAUGUGAUGGUGCUGAGGUAAAAGCAAAAGGGCUACGACACACUUCUGUCAAUGCAUCACACACUCAGACGAGCUCUGUAGAAACAGCAGGUGGCGCUCUCAGGAACGUACAGUACGCGAGGGAUCUUUAAAGAGCUGUUUAUUUUCUGAUAGAAAAACAGACGAAAAUGAAACAAAUAUGCAUAUCAGCAAAUCUUACAGAGCAUUUACCAGAGAAAAUAUUUGAUAGUGUAUAUGUUAUGUGUGAUGUUCAGUCUCAUUAUUACAUUACCAUUACAACAUAUAACAUCGACAUAGAGCAUAAAGUUGUGACUCAGUCAGUGUUUGUCCGUGUAAAUACAUUUUUUCUCUGAUAUAUCAUCAAUGUUUUUUGUUUUAAAUCACAUACCGUGUAGACUACCAGUCAAAAACAAGGACACGCUAUUAUGUUCAUUGAUAUUUAUUGAUAUUUAAAUUUAAAAAAUACAGUAGGCCUAUUACACUGCUGAACAUACCCAUAUUCCACUGCAACAGGCAGCAAAAGUGGUUUGGAAAAUGACUUUGUACUCUUCUUCUUCUUUUAUUUUAAUGAAUAUAAAGCGGUUAAAAUUUUGUUAAUUUAAAAUUAAACAUAUGAAAACUAUAAAAUGCGAUUAGCUGACUUAAUAAAUUAACGAGUAAAGCUAUUGUCUUAAAAUUAAGUAAAUGAACUGUGUGCAUAAUAAUACAAAUUUUGUUAAGUCAACAUUUUUAAGUUACUAUGGCAUUUCUUGAAGUUUUAAGUAAAGUCCACUCGUUUUGUUUUUAUUUUACUUCAAUAUAAUUUAUUUUAUUUAUCUUUACAUAGUGAAGGUACCUAAUAUAAAGCCUAAUAUUUUGUUAAUUUUAAAUUGAACAUGUGUACACCUUAAAAGGGGAUUAGUUGACCUUACUUUAAAAAGUGAGUAAAGCCAUUACCUUAAUUUUAUUAUGCAUAUAGUUCAUUUAAUUAAAUUUAGUUCAGUCAACUUAAAAUUGAGCUACAACAGGUUUACUUGCUGUUUUAAGUAAAGUCAAUUUAUGUUUUUAUUUUAAUAUAUUUUAUGUUUACAUAGUGAAGGUACCUAAUAUAAAGCAGCUAAUAUUUUGUUAAUUUGAAAUUAAACAUAAGUACACUUUAAAAGGUGAUUAGUUGGCUCAAUAAAAAAAUAAAAAUAAAAAAAGCCGUCACAUUAAAAUGAUUAACUAAAUGAACUAUGGUCAUAAUAAUGAACAUUUAGUUAAGUCAACUUAACAUUUUUAAGUUACAAUGGGUUUACUUGCUGUUUUAAGUAAAGUCUACUUAUACUGUUUUUGUUUAUUUUAUUUUGAUGUAUUUUAUUUCAUUUUGACACCGUAUAGGUAUCUAAUAUAAAGCAGGGCCUAAUAUUUUAUUCAUUUUAAAUUGAACAUAUGUACACCUUAAAAGGGGAUUAGUUGACCUUACUUUGAGAAGUAAGUAAAGCCAUUAACUUAAAAUUAAGUAAAUAAACUACAGUAUAUGCAUUAAAAUGUAGUCAAUUCAAUUUUAAUAAGUUACAACAGGUUUACAGGCUUUUUAAAGUAAAGUCCACUUAUGUUGUUUUUAUUUUACUUUAAUAUAAUUUAAUUUAUUAUUAUUUUACAUAGUAAAGGUUUCUAAUAUAAAGCAGGGCCUAAUAUUUUGUUAAUUUAAAAUUAAACAUAUAUACUUUAAAAAGUGAUUAGUUGACUUAAUUUAAAAAAGCGAGUAAAGCCAUCGCAUUAAAAUGAAUAAUUAACUAUGUACAUAAUAAAGUUACAACAGGUUUACUUGCUGUUUUAGGUAAAGUCAACAGAUUUUGUUUAUUUUAUUUUAUUUUUUAUUUUAUGUUUACAUAGUAAAGGUAAUUAAUAUAAAGCAGGGCCUAAUAUUUUAUUAAUUUUAAAUUGAACAUUUGUACACCUUAAAAGGGGAUUAGUUGACUUUACUUUAAGAAGUGAGAAAAGCCAUUACCUUAAAAUUAUAUGCAUAACUAUAUAUAACAUAUAUAACUAUAUGCAUAAUAAAAUAAAGUUGACUUAACUAAAUGUUAAAGUGACAACAGGUUUACUUGCUGUUUUAGGUAAAGUCAACUUAUUUUGUUUAUUAUAUUUUAUUUGUAAUUUUAUUUUUACAUAGUGAAGGUACCUAAUAUAAAGCAAGUAAACCCAGCAGGCACAGAAUGGCAUAAGACGAUAAAACUAGGUUAGAUUUAGGACAUGACAUCUAGUAAAUACGUUGUUAUUUGGUUGAUUUUAGGUUGUGUUGGAAAGUGACCAAAAUCCAACGUCGAGCCAACAUUUUAAACCAACGUCAUAUUGAUGUAAAAUAUUGACAAUUAUUCAUCAGGUGUGGCAAACAAAAACCGUCUAAUAGACGUCAUAGUGGUAAUGUUCACACAACGUCAAGCUGUAACAUUAUUAGACGUUGAUAUUUAGUUGAUUUAAGGUUGGAUGUUGGACACUGACAUCGGUCUAAAGUUGGGUUCUGCCAUCAGCCCGGUUUUUAUUUCCAAACAAACUGUAACAUUCCCACGACGUCAAUCUGAUGACAUGUUGACAUCCUGGGCCUGCUGGGAAGCCAUUGCCUUAAAAUUCUAGAUGAACUAUGUGCAUAAUAAUGACAUUUUAGCCAAGUCAGCAUAGCAGUUCCUGGUUACACUUAGUUUAAUUGCUUGCUUAAGUACAGUAAAAUUACUAUUUUUUUUUCUUUCUUGGAGUAGGUGGUAAUUUGUAAUCCCUACACUACUGUUGUACUAUAUUUACAGGGUUGCCAAAAAAGUUUUUGAUCUGAUUAACAAAAUUAAUCAUAAUUAAUCACAACUUUGCAUCAAAUAAACAUUAGACAGUAGAUGUAGAAAAAACAUAUUUAUUAACCUUAAAGAACAGACUACAAUAUGAACGAAAAUAAACAAACACCUCAAAUAAACAGCUAAUUAUUGAACCUUUUUCAGACUGUCCAGUUUUUCUCUGGUAGCUUCCACAAACACCACGAGCAGAUGACGGUGUACAUUCAACAGUGACACUCACUCGCAUGUAAACCUAUGUAAAUACUGGAAAAAAGAAAAGCUCAUUCUCAUUCUCAAGUGUCUGACGUGUAUAAACUCAUCGAGUCUUACUCCUGUAAUGAUCAUACGACUGUAAAAGGUUUGUUUUUUCCUUUGGUGUUCAGGUUUCUCUGCACUUCCAGCUCAGGGUUGAGUCAUUUUCACUGAUGGAUUCAUGAAAUACAGCAUUCAUGCAUACUUCUGACGCAAAGUCGUAGUAUAGUUCUCACCGUUAUAAAAACAUAUGUGUAAAAUGUAGAUAAUAGAUAGUCCUGCUUUGUGCUUUAAUGUGUGUUAUCAUGACCAAUGAAAGCAGAGAACCAGUGGACACGUCCAGUCAACCCGACAAGCGCUUUUUAAAGGAACAGUUCACCCAAAACUGAUCUUUCAGACUGUUUAUGACUGUCUUACUUCUGCUAAACGCAAAAAAGAUACUUUGAAGAAUGUUGGAAGAAUGUCAAAACUUUUAUAAAUGUCUUCUAUUAACCACAAAAGAAGAUACUUUGAAGAAUGUUGGAAACCUGUAAACAUUGA